AUGCACAAAGAAAAAAAGGCAUUUACGCAGAAUUGCAAAACGGAGCUUCUUGGAAAAUACCAGGCACCAGGCAAAACACAAAGAAAAGUGGUUCUCCAGCGCAAGGAGGACAGUGCUGAUUUGAAGUGCCAGCUCCAGUUUGCCAAAGAGGAGGCAGCGCUGAUGCGUAAGAAGAUGGCGAAACUGGGGAGGGAGAAGGAUGAACUGGAGCAGGAGCUCCAGAAGUACAAGUCCAUCUACGGAGAUGUGGACAGUCCCCUGCCGACGGGGGAGGCAGGUGGCCCACCCAGCACCAGGGAAGCCGAGCUGAAGCUUCGCUUGAAGCUGGUGGAGGAGGAAGCCAACAUAUUGGGCAGAAAAAUAGUGGAACUGGAGGUGGAGAACAGGGGGAUUAAAGCUGAGAUGGAGGAUAUGAGGUGCCAGUAUGAAAAAGAGUGUCUCAGCAGGGACCACAUUUCAAGCAUUCCUACCUCGCCCUACGGCGACUCCGUGGAGUCGGCCACGGAGCUGCGCCGGCAUCUGCAGUUUGUGGAAGAGGAAGCAGAGCUGCUGAGGCGGUCGAUCUCCGAAAUCGAGGAUCACAACAAGCAGCUGACAAAUGAAUUGAACAAAUUCAAGUUCGAGCCAGGCCAGGAGCCGGGCUGGUUGGAUGACACGGCAUCCAAGUGCGGUGGGACCUUGCAAGAGGAGCUGAAGUCAGCCAGGUUGCAAAUCAAUGAGCUGAGCGGGAAAGUGAUGAAGCUCCAGUACGAGAACAGGGUCCUGAUGUCCAAUGUCCAGCGUUACGAUCUUGCCUCUCACCUGGGCCUGCGCACUUCCAGCCCCAGGGACAGCGAUGCUGACAGCGAUGCCGGGAAGAAGGAGAGUGACAGCGAAGAGGGUCGCCUGCCCCAACCAAAAAGAGAGGGGCCCAUCGGGGGCGAGAGCGACUCCGAAGAAGUUUAUGAGAAGACGUCAGGUUUUGGGAGUGGGAAGCCAUCGGAAGUCAGCGACCUGUGCUCUGCCGAGCUGAUGAGAGUGAAAGAGGACACCAAGUCUUUAAUUAACAUCAAACGCGAGGCUGAGCGGCUCGAGAGGACGGUAGACCGCCUUAUCACCGAUACGGACAGCUUGAUUUAUGAUGCGAAGGUGCACGUAACCAGCAGCCCAUCCACUGAGCAGGAUUUCAGAAGUGCUGAGGAAAGGGGAGAAGAUAAACACGAACCGGAGCUUCUGGGCACAGUCAACUCCAGGAUGAAAGCUUUCCGGAGGGAGCUGCAGACCUUCCUGGAGAAGGUUGAUCACAUUGGAGAGGGCCUUAAGGAGCAGAUGGAGGACCUGUCCCCUCUUCCCCAUCUCACAGAGUCUUCCAGUUUUCUAUCCACAAUGACGUCCAUGUCCCGAGACUCUCCCAUUGGUAACCUGGGGAAGGAGUUAAUCACCGACUUCCAGUCCAAACUGAGGGAUCAGAUGGAGUGGCAGCUCAAACGAGAUCGUGGAGAGGAGCAAGAGAUUCACCACCAGCGAGCCACCACCGACCCACACCGCAGAGCUGAUGGAGACAUUAAACUCUACAGGCCAGCAGACAAGGGCUGUUUCAGUCUAGAGAAUGUAUCGAUACAGGAGCUUCAGGCUCAGCUUGAGCAGGAGACGAGACUUCACCGAGAGGAGCAAGAAAAGUUUGCAGAAAAGAUCAUCCAGCUGGAGGAGGAGCAUAUACAGACCCUGCGGAGGAAAGACUUGGAAGUGCAGAGCUUGACUUUGCAGAACAAACUGGAAGAGAAGACCUGGAGCCAGGAGAAGAGUCUGCUGCAGCAAGAGCUCAGGCAUUUCAAGCAGGACACCUUUCUCCUGUAUGUCAAGCUGAAGUGGCUGCUGAAACAUUGGCGGCAAGGCAAGCGGAUGGAGGAGGACGGGGAGGACAUGCUAGAGAUGGAGCACCCUGAGGUCCUCCCAGACUUUGGCAUUCAGUCGGAGCAGAAGGCGGGUGAUGCAGAGCGAGAGGAGGAGGAAGAGGAUGUUGUGUUUGCACUGACAGGUUUCUCCCCGCAUCCCACCAUGGAGAGCACUGAUCACGGACCACAGCUGCAGACGGCAGAACUACUGCAGCAGCAGAAGCAGGCAAGUGAAAAUCGGAAGCUCCUGACCGCUCUGAAGGGUUUGCUGGAUGACUUCCGCUCGGAGCUGCGGGACGAGGAGCGAGAGCGGCAGGGCCUCCAGCAGCAGUACGCCCUGCACAAGGCAGCCUGGGAGGUGGAAAUGACUGAGCUGAAGUGUCACCUCGAACAGCUGGAAGGGAAGCGUGAGAACACCUCAGGAGAAACAGGCCUCACUUCUGAUGCAAAGGGAGCUUUUAAUUGGGAAAGAGAGGAGCACAAGAAGCUUCUGGCUGAGAGUCAUGGUGUGGUGAUGGACCUCCGCUGGCAAAUCCAGCACAGUGAGAAGAACUGGAACCGGGAAAAGGUGGAGCUCCUGGACAGGCUUGACAGAGACCGGCGAGAAUGGGAGCGUCAAAGGAAGGAGCUGCUCAAGCGGAUAGAGCAGCUUCAGAAAGAAGUGAGCCCACGAAGAGGAGGUGGUUUUCUGUGUGACCAGAAGGAGAGUAAUCUUCGUCCGUUUACGACCCAGGGGAACCUUCACAUGGCUCGUCCGAUGGGGUCAAGAUCCUACUCUGAUUCAGAUGCCAUUCAGUUUGACGAUCGGUCACUGUCUAAGCUGAAGGAGAGCGAUCGGUGCAGCGCCACAGAAAACCUCUUCCUGGAGUCACUAUCUCUUGAUUCCCCUGACGAGUCUGAUGAGCACCGGUCUCGGCAGCUGGAGCGGGAGAAAUUCUUGACCGGCUUAACGGAAGAGGAAGAAACACACAAAGGAAAUCUUCAAAGGGCGAUGUCCGUUUCUUCCAUGUCAGAAUUUCAGCGCCUGAUGGAUAUUUCUCCAUUUCUACCAGAAAAAAACUUGCCUUCAUCCAGCAGCAAAGACGACAUAACCCCUCCCCUGUCCCCUGAUGACCUGAAAUACAUUGAGGAGUUCAACAAAAACUGGGAUUACAGUAACACUAGGAACCACGGUGGGGCCACCGAGAAGCCUGCAGAAGGCUGGGCAGAAAGGACAGAAAUUGGGAAAGCCGGGAAUGAUCCUCCUUCAGAUCCCUUCCAGGCAUCGUCAUGGUACCUCACCACCAGUGUCACUAUGACAACUAACACCAUGACCAGCCCGGAGCACUGCCAGAAGCAGCCAACGAGGAGUCACGGUGCAACCGAAAAAUUGGGAGUUCGGGUCUUUCACAGCCCACCGGUUGUCCGUAGGUUUGAUAACUCAGUGAUAGCUGGCAGCGAAGGGAAAAGCCAGGUUGAGCCGGACUUCCUGUUUUCUGUGACCAAAGCUAUGGGGAACGUCGCUGAGACAAAAGGUGCUGCCUCGGAUAUGUUUGGAAGAUGGUCUUGUGACCUGGCCAAACAUCAUAAGGAUUUUCUGGAGAGCGGUCUUCAUCCCAUUGAACGUCCUAUUUGCACUACUGUGGGCUUUGCCUCACCCUUGCACAGCUUGGAGAUGUCCAAAAACAUGAGUGAUGAUAUGAAGGAGGUUGCUUUCUCUGUUCGGAACGCAAUACGCUCUAACUCUAAUUCAACAGAGCCUCAGUUUAAGGACACCGCGUGUCAAACCAAUGGUAUGAGGACGACGGGGACGCAGACCACCCAGACGAUCAGUGUUGGCCUGCAGACGGAAACCCUGCGCAGUAUCACCAGCAGUCCGCACAAGUGUCUGACACCAAAGGGGGGGUCCACGCCUGUCUCUUCACCAUCCAGAAGCCUAAGAAGCAGGCAAGUGACUCCCGUCAUUGAAAAGGUCCAGGCUAAGUUUGAACGCACAUGCUGCUCCCCCAAAUACGGCUCUCCAAAGUUGCAAAGAAAAAUCCUUCCCAAAUCAGACCAGCCAAAUAACCGGACUUUGCCUGGCACACCUCAGAAAGGCUUCAGUGAGUCCGCUUGGGCUAGAUCAACUACUACAAGGGAGAGUCCUGUCCACACCACUAUCAAUGACGGCCUCUCCAGUUUGUUCAACAUUAUUGACCAUAGCCCCAUCUUUCAUGAGACCUUCCAAAAAUGCCCCAGGUCUAGCAGCCGGUCCAGGUCAGCAGAACCCAGACCAGAACUGGGCCCAGUGCAGGAGCCGUCUGCAAAUGCCCGUGGCAGAUCACCCAGUCCUCUCCGGUUGGGGACAGAGACGCAAAAGGAAGAAGGGACUGAGGUGACAAGCAUCAGGCAGGACUUAUCUGCUCCUCCAGGGUACACACUUACAGAAAAUGCUGCCAGGAUCUUGAAUAAGAAACUUUUGGAGCAUGCCUUAAAGGAAGAGAGAAGGCUACCUUCACACAGCCCACCAAAUCUUAGCAAUGACAACAGCACAGGAGAAAUUGUCAAAGUAGAUCCAGGGUCCAUAGAGAACCAAACUGUCUUAUUAACUGCCCCCUGGGGACUCUAACCCUGCCUGCCUCACUGCUGUAAGUCCUUUCUACCUUGUU